UAUGAAUUCAGUUGAGGACUCCCAUACACAGUUUCAAGGAGCUAAUGCAGGUCUAGAGACAGACAUUUUUGACCAGAUCCAAAAAUGAACUGAAGAAAACCAACAAAAGUUAAAACAAGCCAAGAAUUUAGAAGAUUUAGUCAAAAUUAAGAUCUCUACCGUUGAUAAUGGAAGGAAAGAUAAUAAUUUAUUCUGGAGAAAUUUAGUCAAUAAUAACAUCAACCCUAAAUAAAGUAAACAAUAGGAGUCACAUUCAGGCAUCUCAAAACAGUGAUGAGGAGGUUUCUAAGGUGAACAGAAGUCAAAUGAUUCCAGAGACAGCUUCUGAGAAAACAGAUAAUAUCGGUAGUUCAAGCCAACACCCAAUUUAUUCAAAAAGAGACUCUCAAAGAGCUAAUAAGAAUAGCAAGCUGAAUGUGUACACAGAGAGGUCUAAAGCAUUCUCCACAGUCAAAAAUAGAAGAUUCAGCAACAAGGACGAAAUCAUGAAGAUGAUAAAUAAAUAAUGACAAAAGAGGAAGUUCAUCUGAAUCUGAUCAAGAAAAUAAUAUUUUCGGCAAAGGUCUUGCUGACAAGAUUGCCAGACUCCCAGGCAUAAGUUAUGAAGAAGAAACACAGCAAGAGAUAAAGCCUCAGAGUAAAUACAAGCAUUCCUAUUUGAGCUCUAUUCAAUCAAUUAGAGGUAUUGAGAAAGAAAGACUUAACGAGGCUCUUCAAAACCAGGUUAAUAAGUUAACUCUGAUUAAUGAAAGAUUUAAGCAAAUUAUUGCUCCAAGCGAAUCAGGAGUGAAAGAUUAUGGUAAAGCAAGACCUACUGAUAGAAAGCCAUUAUAUCAGCAACCUUCUGUAACAUCCUCUGUAAAGAAAGUCAAGAACAGCACGGAUGAUAAUUUUAAGCUGAUUAAGUUCUGAAAUACAAAGAAUACUGACUUUCUAUUUGCAAGUAAGGACAAAUUAAAGGCAAUGAGACCAAGGAAAAUUAAACUCGUACCUAAAAACCAGGAUCUUACCUUUCCGAUGGAUGAGAGUACAAACAGUGCGAUUUUGGAUGAAAUUGAAAAUACUUUACAAAUGAAUAGAUCUUCAUCUGAAGAAGAGCAAGAUACUAUUAAGUACCCCAUAAAGGUGCCACGGCAAAGAGAAUUGGAUCAUGAAUAUCAGUCUAUUGAUAAAUCUGAAAGAGAAGAUGAUCCUAGAUAUGACCAUGAAAGAGAUGUUGAUAGUAGAGGAUCCCAGAAACCAGCAAGAGUUGUCUUUAAAAAGGCAUCCAAAGAAGUUUCUAGGGAGGAGAGAGCUCAUCAAAUGGCUCAUUUUGAAUAUGUUGAAAGUGGAUUACAUAGAACUUAUGAGAGCCAAAAGCCUAAAAAGAAAGUUAAAAAUAACGUAGAUCCAAAAUUUUACUCUCAGAUGAGUCGGAAACCUCGAAAAAGAGUUGCUCAUUCGGAAAGCAAAUCAAUGGUAGUAGAAGGUUUUCAACCUGGAAAUAUUAACAAGUUCUCUCCAAAAAGGUUCAGAAGAUUUCCUAGAUUCACAAUUUUUCUGAACAAAGAUCAAGAGAAUAUUUAUGAAAAGGAAAACUCCAUCAGUCUAAACCCUCAAUUCUUAAACUUUUUGAUGACUCCAGAGCGAGCUGAGAUAGUCGACAAAGCUACUGCUGAAUUUGAUGAGGCAUUGAAACUCCUAAACUCUCAGAACUUGAAAUAAAUUUGACCCAUUCGACAAAGUCAUACUGAGCACAAAAGGAAUAGAUAACUCUAUUCUGACAAGUUUGAGAACUCUGGCUAAGCUAAAUAACUCAAUAUCAGACUCUUUUAAAGUGAUCCAUACUAAAUUUGCACCCCAUCAGCUUAAGAACCCAAGCUAUACUAAUAAGAAGGAGAUACCUCAGGCUGAGAGAAGUUAUGGAGUACAUCCACCUGUAGAUAUGUCUUCUAUAGCUGAUGAUCAGAUGGGCAGAGCUUUCUCUAUGGGACCUCCUUUGAAAGGAGUCUACAAGCAUAUGCUCAAAGCAUACGAUUUGGUCUCAGAUCUUCCUCGAAUCGAUGAGAAUCCAAGAAAAGGGUUUAAAGGAGGAUCUAAACCUGCUCCUUUUACAAAUAAAAUUGUGAAUGAGAUAGAUGAAUCUCAGUUUAACAUGACAUCAAGGCAGGAUAUAGAGAGGAAUCUUCUUCAGUCUCCUCCUGAACAAGAAUUUGAAUCACUUCUGAAUGCCACUAAUUCCACAAUUAUGGACAAGAAGAAGAUCACUAAGGGUAGAGCAGGAGGAUUUAGAAUAAAUAUUGUUGAUAAAAAGAGAAAAGAAAAGCCAUCUACUUCUAGCAUGGCCAAGCAUCAUAAGAAUGAUCUCUCUGUAAAUUAUACCAAAGGAGAUUACGCUCAUCUUUUAGGAGAAAUAGGAGUUAGGAAUGAUCCUCCAGGAAGAAUCACCCAUAAAAAGAGCAACUCAAUGAUCCCCUCCGAUAACUCAGCCCACAACUCAGCCCUCCUCAAAGGACCCCAGGACACUGUCAGAGGCCUCAUCGACAAAAUGUACCAAAAAGAGAAAAAAUACAUAAAACAAUACUUCAAAGAAGACUACAUCCAACAAAACGACUUCAUCUUCAAUCUCCACAAGACCCACCAACUCAGACUGGCCAAGACCAAAAAUCCUUCCCAAGUAACCCCACCCGCUGACACCCAAACCUUCGGGCUCUAACCUUCCUCUAUCCCCUUGCC